CUGCUUUAGUUCGAGUCUUUUUUAUAACAUGUUUUGAUUUGAUUUAAUUUGAUGUGUGCACCUUAUUAAUACACUUGCAUACAAAUGGAUUCCAAAUCAAACAGUUAUGCAGAAAUGCAGAAGAGUUGUCAAUUAGAACUAGAAAAGUUAAAACUGGAAGAGGAAACGCUGGUUCAAGACUUAAAUAAUUUAUUUAGCCAAAAAACUUUCAUAGAAGAUAAAAUUAAAGGUCUAGCGAAACUAGUUCCUACGUUAAAAGUUAUAAAACAUGAAGCCCAAGAUCUUGUAAAUACAGUAAAUGAUAUAUCCGAAUCUUCUGAAAAAAUUAGUGGUAAAAUAAGAUCUUUGGAUGUAGCACGGAGUCGUGUAACUGAAUGUCAACAUCGUGUUAGUGAUUUAAUCGAUUUAGAGAUUUGUUCACAAGGUGUACAGGAAGCUAUAAUGGAUUCGAAUUAUGAAAAAGGUGCAGCACAUGUUCACAGAUUUUUGUCAAUGGAUCAGACAUUACUAAAAAGAACAGCAAAUGACAUGGAUACUAUAUCUAACAUGUUGCGCUCAGUAAGAACUUUGCAAGAUGCCACUAGCCAACUUAGAGCUAUCGUUGAACAUAAAUUUACGGAAGCUGUUAAUACCGAGGACUUAGUAUCAAUUGAAAGGUUCUUCAAAAUAUUUCCUCUCUUAGGAAUGCAUGAAGAAGGAAUUAAAGAAUUUUGUACGUACUUGAGAACCAAAAUAUCUGUGGUGGCAGAUAAAAAUUUAAAAUCAGCAAUAAGUGCUCCACUUUCUGACAAAAGACAUGGUGUGAUAUACGCAGACACCCUAACAUUACUAUUUGAAGGCUUGGCUCGAGUAAUAGACACACAUCAACCUCUCAUCGAAACUUAUUAUGGACCGGGAAGAUUGAUUUCUGCUGUAACGAUAUUACAAAAAGAAUGUGAUGUGCAGGUGAAAAGAGUGCUGCUUGAGUGGGCAAAGGCAAGGCAAGUUAAUAAAAAGAUGCAAACUAUCAAUGAUCUUUCAAGAAUGAGUUCAAGUUCCAGUUUUAGUAAAUUAGAAAAAAUUGAUCCCAAGGAUCUGGAUAUACUUAUCGGAGAGAUAACACUCAUGCAUUUCCGCAGUGAAUUGUACUUUAAAUUUAUUCAGAGAAAAAUUAUGGCUGAUGUGGAGGUGGGGAUACCUAAUGCAAAUGAAAAAGAAAAAACUUUGAAAUUGCUAGAGCAGCUAAUUAAAAAUAGUGACUUGAGUCAAACUAAACAUGAACUGCUGUCUCAUUACCUUAGAUUAGAACAAUACUUUAUGGAAGAAUCGGUGGCUAAAGCUGUAGCUAUGGAUACUUUAGAUCAGUCGCAACAAACCUCUAGUAUGGUUGAUGACACUUUCUUUAUUAUUAGAAAGUGCACAAGGAGGUCAAUAUCCACUGGAUCUUUAGAUGGUAUAUGCGUAAAUAUAAAUAACGCCUGUAGGGUAUUAGAGAGUGAUUUCUGUGAAAUUUUGAAAAGUAGGCUGAGGCAAGGGUAUCCCUCUGGUUAUUUGGACCUUACUCAAGCCUACAACGUGCUUCAAACUUCCAUACAACAAGGGAGACUCCAAUCUGGAGAUACUGAACAAUCUAGAACUGCUUUUAUUGUUGCUCUAAAUAAUGCAGAUAGUAGUACUGAAUACGUUGAUGCCCUAUGUGAGCAUGUCCUAAAGGAGAUAGAACAAGCUUUACCAAACAUGAAUAGUAAUGAAAGAGGCAAACUGGAAAGUUGCCUCUCAGGUUUAUCUUCCGUUACUACUAAUCUGAAAGCCAUAAUUGACUACGGCAUACAACAGUUAAGAUCAACUGCUAUAAAACCAAGAGUUAACCCUUGGGUCGACGCUUUCUUAAAUAUGAACCAUCAUCUUACAGAGGAUGAAUUAAAUGUAUAUGAAGCAGGUGAAUCGUUCGUCCAAAGUCUUAUUAUGAACCUAGAAACUCUACUUUCCUCAUUUAAAGACAUUUUGACAUCUUCUAAUUAUGAUUGCUUCACCCAAGUACUAACAACGGAAGUAACUCAGAGAUUUGAGAAAGUUAUAUUGAAAAGUACUUUUAAUAGGUUGGGAGGACUUGUGCUAGAUAAGGAAGUCAGAACGUUAGCAGGUUACAUAACAACUACGACUUCUUGGUCAGUAAGAGAUAAAUUCGCUAGAUUGACCCAAAUUGCAACCGUGCUUAAUUUGGAACAGUUAAGUGAGAUUCAUGACUACUGGGGUAAUCAUGAUAGUGCACUAACGUGGAGACUAACUCCAACAGAGUUGAAAGGUGUUUUGGCUUUGAGGACGGAUUUUAAAGGGGAUGAAAUUAGGAGGCUAAAGCUUUAAGUAUUGUUAAUUUGUAUUUAAAUAUACAGGUUGGUCCGAAAAUUAAUAAAAAAAAAAUUAGGGGUGAUGGAACAUCAAAAGCUAAGACUGUUUUUGGAUAUGGACCACCAUCUUUUGUUUUUUAGAUACCUACAAGUUACCUCGGUAAUUUUGCUUCCUUAAACAGUUAUGGACCUUCAUGGAAAUGAAAUAAAAAAAUUUUUAAAAGAUAUGUAUAGUAAAGCAAUUUGAUUCACAUUAAUCUAUUUCCAUUCAAUGAAGCUAUUCUUGAAAUAUAACCCACAUUUCCAGACAUCCUGUACAUUAAGGAACACAAGAUGACUGAUUUUGGGACAGUCAGUUGUUUUAUUUUUCAAAAACAAGUGAAUUUUUUGUGUAAAAUUAAACUGUAUGGCAUACACAAAAAACUUUACUUCAAAAAGGUUUUGUCACUGGAAGAGAUAGCAGCUAACGACUUCUCUAGUGGAUGGUAAAAAACUAAUGCAACACUAACAUAUUUAACACCCUCAAAAACUUACCUCUAUUAAGUUUCAGUGCACACUUUGUUUUUUGGAAAUAAGGGUGGCUAAAAUUUGAUUAUAAAAAAUUAUCUUUGAGGCCCUUUAUCUCAUAAACAAAAAAUGAUAGGUUCACAGGAAAAAUUCAUCUUAUUAUUUUGAUCUUAUCACCUUCUACCUUUUUCUGUCAUUUGCAGAGCAGCAUGUACAUAUAAUUUAUAUUUUCUUUUAUUAAUUAAAAAUAAAUACUGUU